CUUUUGCUGGAAAAUCAAUUAUUAGGGGUGAUUGGAAAAGAAAUUCCAGGCAUUUUGGCAUUUGGGGAAGAAGAAAGAAACAGCAGCAGAGGAGCCAAAGCACGAAGGAGGAGAAGAGGGGAAGCCAACGUCGUCCUGCAGAAACUCAGCCAUCUCAUCAACAAAAUCGACAUCCUAGAAGGUGACGACAGCGUCGGCACUAUUCUCGGCCUCCAAUUUCCACCAGGGACGCCGGGGUUUACGUAUUACAAGGAGAAGUUUACGAAGAUCGACGAUGAGAAGCGAGCGAAGGAAGCGGAGGUGAUCGAAGGAGGGUAUCUGGAUUUAGGGUUCACGUUGUAUCGAGUUCGAUUUGAAGUGAUUGAGAAGAGCGAAGAUUGCUGCAUCACGAAAGCCACCAUCGAGUAUGAUUUGAAGGAAGAAGCUGCGGUGAACGCUUCCAUCAUCAGCAUCCAGUCGCUGGUGAUGAUUAUGGAAACCGCCGCCGAUUAUCUCACCGUCAACGACGAAGAUUGAUGGCGAUGGCUCCAUAUCUUACUUGGUUCGUCAUUAAUGUAUUUUAGUUUGCUUAGCUGAUGUUGUUCACUGGACAGUUUCUCUCUACAAAUCUAUGAAUUUUGGAUC